AAGGAGGUGAUCAAGUGGUUAGAUGCCGGAGUGGUGUAUCCUAUCUCUGACAGCUCGUGGACUUCACCGGUGCAGUGUGUGCCGAAAAAGGGUGGUAUGACCGUGGUGACCAAUGCUAAUAAUGAACUUAUCCCAACCCGGACAGUGACCGGAUGGAGGGUGUGCAUGGACUACCGCAAGCUGAACAAGGUGACCCGCAAGGAUCACUUCCCAUUGCCUUUCCUUGACCAGAUGCUUGAUCGUCUUGCUGGGCGUGCCUUCUAUUGUUUCUUGGAUGGGUAUUCAGGGUACAAUCAAAUUUUGAUAGCUCCAGAGGAUCAGGAGAAGACAACCUUUACUUGUCCAUAUGGCACCUUUGCUUUUUCUCGGAUGCCCUUUGGGUUGUGCAAUGCACCGGCAACAUUCCAACGGUGUAUGAUGGCCAUUUUCACCGAUAUGGUGGAAGAUAUUUUGGAGGUGUUCAUGGACGACUUCAGUGUUGUGGGUGAUUCAUUUGAUGAGUGUCUGAAAAAUCUGGAUAGAGUGUUGGCCCGGUGUGAAGACACCAAUCUUGUGCUAAAUUGGGAAAAAUGCCACUUCAUGGUUGAGGAGGGCAUAGUGUUGGGUCAUAAAAUUUCAAAGAAUGGUAUUGAGGUUGACAAAUCCAAAAUUGAGGUGAUUUCAAGACUUCCUCCCCCCACUUCUGUCAAGGGGGUUAGAAGUUUUCUUGGGCAUGCGGGGUUCUAUCGGCGGUUUAUCAAGGACUUGUCGACAAUGGUGAAACAACAAGGCUCAGCUAAAGGUGGUGGGGAAUACUCCACCUCUCCCACAGCUUCAUUAUCCGGAGAGGGUACAGUAGGAGCUGAAGAGGAAGUAGGAGGAGCGAGAGAUGUAGGAGAAGGGGGUGAACCUCAGGUUGGCGGGGUUGAUAGAACUAGGAAGCCGGAGGCAUGGCAAGACCGGUUCGUGAGUGAGUUGUCUACCCUUACUACCACAGUAGAGGCUCAGUCGGCACCUCCACCUCCACAGGUCCGCCAGUCCAUAGAGGAUGCUAUUAAGGAGAUUUUGGCCAACCAACAGAAAAUCCUUGACACUCAGAAGAUGCUCACAGAGGCAGAUCAGCUGCCUUUAGAUUUACUGCUCCAGGACCCAAUACCAGCAACUCAUUCCCAGUCAGAGAAGUCACAGAGGCCUCCCAAGAGGAUGAGGAUAAUUCCCCGAGCGGACGAUGCAGUCAUCCAGUGUCGGAGCAGCUUGCGGUGCGCAGUAGUAGCCAGGGAGGAGUCCUUCAGUCCACUAGUUUCGGAGAUCCAGGUGUCGGAGCAGCUUGCGGUGCGCAGCAGUAGCCAGGGAGCAGUCCUUCAGUCCACUAGAUUCCGAGGUAGUCCUGCAGGCGUCCGCAGGCCUGGCAUCUCUUUUAUCCCCUUUCUGCCCUGUUUCCCUUGUACCGAGACAGAGUUUUAUCCUUUGUUUCAGACUUUACUUCCGCUAUCUUUUAUUAAUCGCAGUAUUUCAAUUGCUUGUUCAUCUAUAAUUCAAAUUGUUUAA